AUGGAGCUCAGCCACGGGCCGCCAGGCCUGGGGGAGCAAAAAGGCCUCCCUGAGCCCGGGGCCCAGGAGCCGGUGGAGGACACUGACCCGAGCACCUUGGCCUCCAGCACGCCAGACAAGUACCCCGUUCAAGACACGGGACCCCCGAAAGCGGAGCAGUGCGACGCGGUUACCCUGCCCUGCCCGGCCAGCGCCGACGUGCGACAGCAGGGAGAAGAAGAAAAUGGCCUUCCGGACAGCACAGGAGAUCCUCCUGGCGAUGUCAGCGACGGCCAGCCCCGCACGGGGAGCUGCACCUGCUCGCCGCGGGCCCCCACCAUAAGCGACUUGCUCAACGACCAGGACCUGCUGGAUGUGAUCAGGAUCAAGCUGGACCCGUGCCACCCGACGGUCAAGAACUGGCGCAACUUCGCGAGCAAGUGGGGCAUGCCCUACGACGAGCUGUGCUUCCUGGAGCAGCGGCCGCAGAGCCCCACGCUGGAGUUCCUGCUGCGCAACAGCCAGCGCUCGGUGAGCCAGCUGAUGGAGCUCUGCCGCAGCUACCACAGGGCGGACGUGGAGAAGGUUCUGCGCCGCUGGGUGGACGAGGAGUGGCCCCGGAGGGCGCGCGCAGACUACCCCAGGGCCCUCUAGGGCGAGGAGGCCGCUGGGCUGCCCGCGGUCACCCCUGGGGGCAGGUGAGAGCCUUGUUCUGCCUGAGUUGCUGGGGCAGGUCUGGGGCGGGCUGUCCUGGGGCCCGUGGUUCUGUGGCAGCGCCAGGUGUGAGGUUUCGAGCGUCUGCUUCUGCACGUCUGUCUCAGUGGCACAUUUGGUCACGGAGUGGGGGAGCAGCCGGGCGUGUACAGACCCACGCCGAGGCCGAGAAUCAGGGUCACGCCUGCCGGGGUGCCUGGAGAGCCGCCCCAGCCCUCACGUGGAGGCCGGACAUGGAGGCGCCAGAGGCCACUGCCCUGGGGCCCACACGGCCAGCACGUUCCCACAGCUCGGAAGUCAGCAACUUGCAGCUGCGGAUAAAAGCACAUGGACAGGCCAGCGGAAUGUCGCCACGAGGCUGACGCCGUGACACCCCUCAGGGCCUGCGUGCCGCCUUGUCUACCAAAUCCCUCGUGCCCUGUGCUCCUGCGUGAGGACGUCGGCUCGGUGUCCCCGAAGGGAAAGGAGCGGCCAUGGGCGGGCGGAGCUAGGCCUUGGCAGGUGAAACGGGCACGUGGCAGCCGUCGGUCGGAGAGUUACGUCUGCUCGCAGUGGCUCUCGGCUUUAAAGCCGCAGGUUCGACUUCUGCGUCCUUUAGGGAAGUCUGCGUGUUCCACCCCCACACGAAGCUCAGUGAGGAAAGAAAGAUGGCACCGGACUCGGGGUGCGGGGGCGGCGGCUGGUGCCUGGAGCCACCAGGGAGGCGCCGCGGCUUUCGUCUGGCACUGCUGUCUGGAGCCUGGACCACGACGUACUCACACUGGCCGCCAAGGUGGGCGUCCACGGGCCUGGUGGCCACGCCCUGGGGCCGGGCCGAGCACAGCAGAGCCGACCUGCAGUGAGCCGCGGGACAGUGAAGCGCUGGCCACCCAGGCGGCUUCGGCGGCCACGUCCCCCCGACCCCUGUGGCCCGGCCUGUCCUCACGCUGCCAUCCGGACUGGGCGACUGCACACGGCAGCGUCGGGGCCCCUGUUCGCGCCCCCUGGCUCACACCCGCUCUGCGCCGGGGCCCGUGCUCUCUGGGGUGGCCCAGGAGGCCGGACACUCACUGACUGGGUGGCCAGGCCGAGUCGCAGUGUCGGCGCAGCAGAACUGCUCCCCAUCCAGGCGGAGCCCCGCCGCCCGCUGCUCCCCAGAAAAGCGACCCCGGGGCCCCUCGAGUCCUGCUCCCCGCAGACAGCGCCCUCCGCUCGCCCCGCUGCUCCCGCCGCUGCCACAUGACCACUGCGCCGCGCCCAGCUGCUGCUCAAGCAGGGCCUUACCCGGCCCGUCUCUGGCAGCCGCCCCGUCCCGCUCUCUCAGGGCUGGGCCCAGAGCGCCCCACCCCCAGAGUGGCCCUGCAGCCCCCCUCCGUCUCACGACUGCCAGGAGGAUGCCGAGCCAGGUCUCAGCCCCACUGGCCUCCACAGGCCUCCACCUCCGCCCCAGCCAGCAUCCUCCUGCUGCGGGGGAGCAUGGUCCGGGCCGCCUCGUCCUUCCUGCCACAGCCCCACGCGGCUCACUCUGCCCUGCUCGUGCCACGCACCCGCCCGGCACCUGUGCUCAGACCCGUCUCGCGCUCUCCCUCAGCCCCCACGUCGCCCCUUCACGCCCCCCGCCCGCUGCCUUCCCACUGGGGACCCCGGCCCCCCCCCCAGCAGUGGUCUCACUGGUGGCGCCGCCCACCGAGGGGCCUGACCUGUGCUGCCCCGGGGCUGAUGCGCCGGCGGUACAGGAGAGACUCCGAGAGAGAAGGGCCCAGGCACACCCAGGCUCCACGCCGAGUCCCUUCCAGACAGCCCACUCUUGGAAAGAAAAGGCUCACCCAUGGCGAGUGCUGUCCGGCCGGCCCAGUCUCAAACGCCACCGGCACGCGGCGCUUCUGCUGGUCCCGACAAGUCGGGCCCCUCCGUCCGUCCUCCGGGGUCAGAAAAGCAAAGCAGGAAUGUCCGAAGUUAGUGAUGGUGACGGCUGCACACACGCUGAGCGGCGUGGAAGUAGCUGCACUCGGCCCUCUGAGACGGUGACCAUGCCGCGUCUCCCAUGCUGCAUGAGUGACCUGCAACCGAGGACAAGACAGAGCAUCUCUGCGGGAGCAGUGAGCAAGCAGCUCAGAGGCCACAGUCUGCACGGGGGAGUGUGGAGGCUGGUGGGGAGGCCGAGGCGGAGGCUGGCGUGACCCCCUGGAACGGCUCCCUUGCCUGGCUCCCGCCUCCCUCCCACAAGCGAGCCCAUUCUAUAUUUUUCUUUUUCUGGCUUAUUUCUCUGAGCGUGAUGCCCCCCCACCCCCGCUUCUUCCUAUUGCUGCAAAGGACACGCAUGAGCUUCUCCUUUUUGAUUGCUCAGUAAUAUUCCAUCAGCCACUACAAAUCUUACUGAAGCUUUGGCACCUUGACAGCUCAGGGUGGCCAAAGGCCAGGAAGGGCCGAGAAGGGCGGAGCAGGAGCAGAGGUGACCUGGGUCCCACUUUGACGCCACAGCCGUGUGGCCGGGAGUUCCCACCCUGCUCGGCAGGAAAUGCCUCACCCCAAGAAGCCUAUGUGCCGUAUAGAGAAGCACAGGCGUGCGGCCCCAAGACCACUGAGGUGUAGAAGCUGAGCUGCCCGGGGCCUCACGCACAGGCGGAGGUGGGAGCCCGGGAGGGAGCUGCUCGCUGCAGGUAGUGGCCAGCAUGUCCCUCCCUCGUCUCCAGUCCUGAAGCCGCCACGUGUCCUCUGACGCCUCUGCCUCGCCGGGGGGCGCCGGCCCUGUGUUGCCGUUUCCUUCCUGCCCGCCUCACGUGAUCCUCGGUCCCUGGCUUCAGCGCCUCUGUGCUCCCAACUCAAGACUUCACUUCCCGAACACCCCCGUGCCGACGCGGCAUCCAUGGACGGACGUGCCAGGGACUUCCGUGUCGUCGCUCUGACCGAGCACAUUAGAACCCCGACACGGUGUCCUGCCCUGCCCUCGCCUUAGGCCACCUGUCUCGGAGCCGCCCUCUGCUCCGGUACGUGGGCUCUCGGCCCGCAUCCCCUCGCUCGUGGCCACACCCUGCCCCUGGUCCUGCUGACCCCCUCAGCCCACGCGCGUUGGCCGUCUGGCGUCAUUCCUGACCUAGCUGCUGCCGUGACCCUGACCAGCGUCUGGCGUCCGCCCUCCUCAGGCCGGCCCUCCCCUGCCUGCCACGGCUGCGCCGAGCCAGCUGAGCACCCGCGUAAUGGCCGGCACCCGGCACGCUCCCCGACUUCCAGCCGGCACAGACCCUGCUAGGGACAUGGUUUCCACCCGCCUCUGGGACGCAGUGGACCUGUCCUGAGGGCCAGGCCCCUCAGAGUGGACGCCUCGUGGUCACACGGUCUGGUCACAGUUUAAAAGUCAACUUAAAGGCAAUUUUAAAGCUCGGUCCAAAGCAAACACACUCUUGUGGCGACAGCCUUGAUGGGCAGACGCGUCACCCAGUCAUGAGCGGAGCCCUUUCACUCUUCCCUGUUCUUCGCAAAGACGUUACCAGCAGGGUACCUGUCACAUUAAAUACUGACUUCAAAAGCUACCAAAGUGGGGUCCUCCCUGGUGGCACAAGAGGUGAGUCUCAGCUCCUGGAAGCUGCCCCACCCCUGCAGCCGGAGGCACAACAGACCUCUCCUGACCCCCCCACGGCUCCCCUCAGCAG